GCUCAGCACGCUGCGUCAGCUGAUCCGUCACGUGGUCUGGUGUAGCGGGUGACCCUUUUUGCAAAAUGGAGUUGUCGGAGUCUGUGCAGAGGGGGCUAAAAUCUCUCGCCGAUCCGUCCUCGUUCGACCGGAGGUGCUACCAGGUGCUGGUGGACGUGUCUUUCCGGAGCCUACUCUCCUCUCAAGCCGAUCCCAGUGUCCUCGAGCAGCCAGAGCUGAAGCAGAUCGACCAGAUCCUGCUCAAGCAGAGUCACACUGCGGCGACCACCUUCAUACUGGAGGCGGUCAAACAAAACGCGGAUAAGUCGACGAUAAGCUCUUGUCUUGAAGAACUCUCAUUCAGUGCAGACAGAAUAGAAAUAUUCUAUAGCACACAUCAGGAACAUAGAAAAGAGCUGGAACGUCUCUUAGCAAGCAUAGGAAGGUGUCCACCUCACGUCCACGACGCGUCAUGGUGUCUACAAUACCACGUGAAGAAUGAUCAGGUCGAUAAGAUCAACGAGCCUUUCUACUUGAUUUCAUUGAACACUGAGAAAGAAAGAUCUUCGGAAGAUAUCAACUUCACCUGCACAGUGGAGCAGCUACAGGAUUUGGUGGGAAAGCUCAAAGACGCAGCCAAGAGUGUGGAGAGAGCCAGUCAGAUGUGAUGCCAGUUUCCUCCAGCAUGAACUUCGACAGUUUCCAGCGCCAUUCUCCCUCUUUGUAGUUGCUUUUGUACCUGAGAUUUACACGAGAUGUAUACAUGAUAAACGAUUCAUCAUUCCAACGUGUGUUUCAUUUAAACUUUGAAGGAAUACGAUCUACCUUGUGCUUUGAACAAUAUCACCACUUCACAUGCCACUGACCCGUCACCCUCUGGUCAUAUUGUAGGUUGUGUGUCAGAGGGAUUUUUAAACAUUUAGUUUGGGUCUAGAGCCAAUAAAGUAACUGUCAGACAUGUGUUUUGACAACGCUGAAGAGCAUUUGUGCCAUGGUUUCAUGACCGCAGUAUUUCGUUUCAUGCAGCUCAGCUUUCCCUGGAGUCAUCGGACUGAUGGAUGAAAAAUAAAAUCAGCUUUAUCGGUU